GAGACCGCCGGCCCGGACGUUUUGGAAGGGGAAUCCCUCUUUGAAGUCGACACCGCCCGUUCUAAGACAUCGGUUGCUUGCGAUGAUGGAAUACCGAUACAGCACCCCAAAAAACCUUGCAAAUGUGGACUCUGUGGAUGCAAAAGCAAUGACUUGAAUCCAAUUGCGACCGCUGCCUCCUCCGAUGCAGCGAGCAUUGAAGGGGAGGACCCGUGCAUCCAGUGGGCAAAGUACCGAAAGGUACAGACCGCCUCUGGCGUGGCUCGGGUGCCAGUAGGCAGUGCGGAUAGCAUAUGUAGAAACGUCUAUCGUUUGCUCGGCUUUCCCCUGAAAUAUGGCUCUCCUGCAGAAUAUAUCAAAAAAGUAGAAGCCAAACAAGUGGACCAUGACGAAUUCUUGAAGAGUCGUGAAGAGUAUGUAAAAAAGAUGAAAAAAGCCGGCAGUGCAGGGUGUCGCACUAAGAAGCGCGACAAAGAGGAUCUGAAGACAAUCUCAACUUUGAAGACGGUCAAGAAAUCGGGCGUGAAAUUUGAGGGCCCUAUGAUGGAGUUCGUCGAGCUCAGCGAAUGGGAUGUCAAGGAGGACGGCGUUCUGGAUGAGUCGAAAAUCGUGGAGGAG